GUAUAAUCUAUAGUAUAAUUCCACCUGCGAGUCAUGCCACCCGCUGGCAGACUUGAAAUUAAAGAAACCGUUUUGACGUAUCUUAACUGUCUUGCACUCACGCAAUUCAGUUAAACAUCGUCACUCUGUCGAAUCAUCUUGUUUUCUGGCGUGCUGAAUAAAAAUGGAAAUUCCUGUGAAGACUUGCUUCUUGCUCUUAAUCCUUGUGUCAGUUGUUUAUGGUACUUUAGGUGAACCUGGACCAGGUAUAAAUUUUAGCUUCUGUGUCACGCAAACCAAAAAUAACAGUUCAGUAGAAAAUAUUUUGAUAUUAGUUUAUGUUAUGUAAAUUAUUUUAAAACAGUCAAAUAGACAAACUUUCUUUGGUAACAGAGUAAAAUCCAGUUACUAAUAAACAAAUAAUGGCUAUUUGAUCAGUGAUAUUCAAUGUUGCAGAGAAAUAUUUCGUGACACGUAUUAAUACGAAAAUUUGCCCAAGGAAUUGAAUAAAAUUUGGUCAAAUUUGAAUGAAAAAUUUGGUUGAGAAAUUUGCAGUCUAUAUUGUAUAAUUUAUAUGCAGGAUACAUAGCGAUCUAUUCACAGGCUGUCGACAAGUUGUGUUCGCAUUGCUUGUUCCCAGUUGUUGUAACAAGUCUGGAACAAUCUGUUAACAACUUGUAAUAAGCUUGAUGGCAUUAUCAGAGAAUUGAAAAAUUUGUUACAAGCUUGUUCUAGAAACUUGUUAGAAACUUUGAACUUGUCAAUUGUGAGAAACUUGUUACAAGGUUGUUCUAGCAAGUCUGAUACAGUCAUGAUAUAUCAAGAAUGUUACAGAUUAAAGACUGACGACACAAUGUUGUGACAAUAUUAUUAUAUCAAUAUUGUUAUAUACCUAUGCCCACACUCACAGAUUGGAAUUUUAAUUAAAAAGUAUCUAUUGUUUGAAACAAAUCGUGCGAACAAAACACGUGCGUCAGCACAACGGACUUAACUACCUCUAAAAUAAAGCUCUUUAUAAACAGGAAUGUUAAUUAGUCCAAUUUGUCUCUGCAUGAAAACAAAAAAUGAUAUAACCACGAAAAUAAACAGUAAUUUUUCUGGGUCUCACGAAUAGCUUUUCGAACCACAGAGUCUCGCUUCUUAUUAAUCUCAGCGUAAGCGAUUUUUCCAGUCCGCCAUGUUCUUAGCAAGUGCCCUAAAGAGAGGCCGUUACCCCCUGAAAACAUAUUGAAAUUUAAUGUUCCAGGGGUGAAUGAUUCUGUGAUAGAAUUUUUAUCUAAUGUAAUUAGUUGCUGCGAAUUGAAAUGAAUAAACUGAAAAGCCACCUUCAGAUAAACUGCCUAUCUUUUUCUUGAAGCCAAAGCGUGUCUGGAGAUCAUAUCACGCGUGUUAGUGUCAUAAUUGACAGAUUGAGUGCUCUUCGCAUGCGUGAAAAGACUGGGACUGGUCAGUGGCUGGAGGUAGCGUUCCAGUUCUUUUCAGUUUAAUGUUGCUGGAUCUCAAAUUGGAAUAAUUCAUGUAAGCCAGUAAUAUUGGAUCAAAAUUCAAGAUGGCGGACGCUUUUUACGCUAAUUUCGUACAUCUCUUAAAAACAUGGGUACUUUUGCCUCUAAUUGUAUAUGCAACCCAACCAUCGUCUACGAGAAAAACAAUCGUUUGCAUAACUACAAUAAGUCGACAAAAACCAUGCCGAAACGAAACAAACGUCGCCAAAAAUGCAAUUUUAAGAGUGAACAGAGACAGAGUGACUGAAUUUUAGGCUUUACUUCCACUUUCUAUAGGUUUUGUAUUUUGGUCUUUGGAAAUUAAUUUAUAAAAAAUAACAUCGAAUUUGAUGGGUUUUGAUUCCCUAUGACAUUUCCUGACAAAACUUCCAUAUUAAGUAUCACACUAUUAAAUAAAACAACUUCAUAUGAAAAACAUAAACGGCCUAUGGACGCUUUUUACGCUAAUUUCGUACAUCUCUUAAAAACAUGGGUACUUUUGCCUCUAAUUGUAUAUGCAACCCAACAAUCGUCUACGAGAAAAACAAUCGUUUGCAUAACUACAAUAAGUCGACAAAAAGUCAAAAACCAUGCCGAAACGAAACAAACGUGGCCAAAAAUGCAAUUUUAAGAGUGAACAGAGUUGAAUUCGUUAGAUUCAGUCUGGAAAAAAUUCCUUAGCCUUAGGUUUUGUAAAAUUUCCUUAAAUUGCUUAAUGUCUAGCGUAUAGACUUUCUGAACUUUUUUGAAAUUAAUUUAUAAAAAAUAACAUCUAAUUUUAUGGACUUUGAUUCCCUAAAACAACUUCACAUAAAAACAUAAACAGCAACAACCUUAAUCUCAAUCAACGACAACGAUCAAAUUUUUCGGAUCACCAUCUAUACUAUUACCUAUAAUGCUAUGUAAAACUUAUUUUAAAAAAGUUCUUUCGAUUUUUACUGCCAUAUUGGACUUGGUACUUCCUUUAAAUAUAUUCUAAGUUAUUCUAGUUAUGAUUCUAGUAUUAUUCUAAGUUAUGAUUCUAAGUAUAUUUUGUCUAUACUAUUGCUAAUCUGAUGCGUUGUUCUUCUUUAAGGGCUACCAUUAUACGAUGAUUGUGUCGAAGCCCACCAGAAAACGUGCAAGUGAGUACAUUAAUUUUGAACUAGCUUAUGAACAAGUGUCAUAGAAAAACUUGGCAAAGACAAAAUUUUUCUCGCCUGUAAUGGGUCAACAAAGGAAAUUUGACAAAAACAUUUCAACACUUGAAUGGAGUUGGACAGGAUAUCAUUUAACGAAUAUAAAACAUUUUCCGUGUUGAUAUACAGUUAUAUCAACACGAGUGGAAAUUGGGAAAACGAGAAAUUGUGUGGAAACAUAACUGUAUAUCAAUACGGAAAAAAAAAUUUAAUUUGUUUUAUAAUAUAGCACAAAGAAACAUAAAGAAAGAAAUUUUCCGACGUUUUCGUGUUGACAUUGAGUUAUAUCAAUACGGCUCACAUUAGCCAAUCAGCGUUCAGAAUUCACAAAUGCUAGAUUAUAAUGUAAUUUUUUAUAUGGCAAGCAUCACUUCCAUCACAUCAGUUCCAGUCCCUUUCUAUUGUGGUGAACACGAAGCUGGUUAGGUCUAAUGAGUAUAAAAUUCACAUUUGAAAUUCACAUCUACAAAACCCAUCUACAAAUACGUGCUUCAUGUCACAUGUCUUGCAAAAACGAGAGAACAAGAGAUGUAUGCUAUAUGCAGCCGUCGGACGCAGCGUCCAUGAGACUGUAUACAGCAUGUACGUAUCCCUCGUUUUACGUAGCCCGCUUGGCUGUAGUACGGCGAAUUUCUCGUCCCAGCCAAGCAGGUUUCCAGGAACAGAUGCAAGGAUUCCGACUAGGCUUAUACUUUGUUGUUCAUUUUUGUAGUGGAAGUGGUGGAAUUUAUUUCAUCAAAUCAAGAAACAGCGUUGGUUAUGAAGAAACAGAAUGCCAUAGUGCUGGCGAGGCGAUUCCUGAAACAGACUGCACAGGGAGUGGAUGGACGUUCAUAGGGCAAUUGUCUGGCAACCCAAACACUGUAAUUAAAUCAGUUUAAUUAUUAUAUACCAAGAGUCAAAGUUAUUUUCUUUGAGUGUCAAAGUCUUUGACACUUGGUAUAUAAUAAAAAAAUACUUAUUGACUGGGACUUUCGGGAAACAGUAUGUUUUGUGGACCCUGGACUGCUGACGUGUCCCGAGCCAUAGCCCCCCUCCCCUCCACUACAUCUCUGCAAUACUUUCGUGCAUCCGGGGUCGUGGCGACCGGAGGUCUAACAGAGUCGGAAUAAGAAUAAGGGUCAGUAUUGAACAACGAGCCAUGAAUAUAUAAUUAACAGGAAAACACGUUUAGAAGCCAUCGCUGACCCAAAACUCAGUAUAUGCGCAAUAUAAUGUGCAGACGGGCAAAAAUUAUCGAGUAUGUCUUCGUCGUUCCUUCGUUGAAUCAUAGUUAAUAGAAUUGAUGGUUUGGAAACUCAUUAUAAUAACAAUAUAACUCAUUAUCUAUGUUAGUCAACGUUUAUUCAUAAAUCUGGUCCUUCACCGUCACGUGCGUAUUGUAUUUUUGCCCAACUAACCAAUAGCAAUGCUUUAGGAAGUUACCUAUCCGUGACUCGAACAAUAGGGUAAAUUGGUAAUUGCUAUUGGUGGAUUUGGCAAAAAUACAAUACACACGUGACGGUGAAGGACCAGAUUUAUGAAUAAACGCUGACUAACAUAGAUAAUGAGUUAUAUUGUUAUUCUAAUGAGUUUCCAAACCAUCUAACUAUGGUUGAAUCCUUGUCGUGAUCAGACCCUCUAGUUAUUUGAAACGGCUCCUUAAAUUGCCCAUUUUCGUAUGACAGCGUUGUGUUCGUACGGAAUAUUUUUCGAUUCUAAAUUACUCUGUGAAAAAGUUCGCGAGCAGUGUUACAAUUUCUCGUUAUCUUAGAACGAGACGAGCUACGACUCUGCAAUUUGGACCGCAAAAGGAGAAAACCAGAUUCAAUUUAAUUCACAAUUCUGGAGUGCUAACGUGACUGAGGUGUGCUUAACCUCGACUGGAUUUGGUAUUCAACUUCCCGUGAAAGGUCCGUCGCUGCGCAGUUUAUUUUUCGAAAACAUCACAUUGGAAAUACCUACACAACAAUGGAUUGAUGGUAUCAAAAUCGAUGUCUCGAAUCUAAACUUCACUAACGCUUGUUUUAAAAGUGGUUUCAACGUGGGGGAUCCAAAUUUUGUUCGUGCUCGUUUAGGGGUUGUCAGCGUGUUUCCUCAUACGGGUAAGAAAGGCCUGGUUCAAAAGUCGCAUUUUUCAUAUGUCGAAUACAACUCAGUUGCAUUAGAUUCGAGCGAAUUGAAUUCAUGCAAAAUUCGACACCAGUUUCAAACAAAUUUUGAAACGUCGAAUUUUGCAUGUAUCGAAUUCAAUUCGGCUUGGGCGUUGCUUGGAAAGACGUAAAGCUUGAGACAUUAAUCUCGUUUAUAAGAGUGUUAAGGCUGAAAUAGGCAAGAACAUCUUUCAGAGGAAAGUAUGAAAGUAUAUGCUAUGCUAUGCUGUGAUGAAUCUAUUACAAACAGCUGCAAAAGUACCUUAUAGUAAUGUAAUCCGAAAUUUAAGAAUGCCGGGAAAAUAUUUGAAGCCCAAAUUUAUCAGUGUAUAGCUCGCUACAGCUACAGUAUUGUAAAAGUAGUCAACUGCAACUACUUCGCUACUGCAUGCGUCCCAUCCUUGAACGAUAGUAACUCCUAGUUUUAAUUUUAAUUUCGUCUAGGUUGUAGUUUAUCCGUGAAGGCGAUUGGCGUCGGUAUAAAAGUUGCUGGUAAGGAUUAUGGCAGCGUGCAUGGCUUGUACGCCAACACAAAUAAUGCUAUAAGUGAUGUGUCUUAUCACGACGUCACCGUUUAUGUCCGUUCGCGUCCUGACCCGAGUGAAACUGUGCCAACUAUGAUGAUGCCGUAGACUUUUUGUAAACACUAUUAUUAGGAUAUAAUCUCGAACAGUCCGUGCCAGUGUAGGUAUAGCGACGAUAACGAGACAGCUGUGGAUUCAGAGGGAUACAACUACCUGAAAAAUACUGAAGCAGAAGUUCGACGUUUCGAGCGAAGGCCCCUCGUCGGGCUAACUUCACUGUUAAAGAAAAAACCCUGUAAUGGAUGAUUCCAAGCGAUAGACGAAAUUUUGAUCUUGACAAGAAGAACGAAGUUCAUUACCAUAGCUGGAAAGAGCAUCUUCAAAUGAGUACAAUUGCAAAGCUUGGUUGCGAAUUAUUGUAAAAUGAGAAAAACAUAGCCAUGUGAAGUUCGCAAAUUUUGUGUAUAUUUGCAUUAUACGCGUGAGAAAAUUAACCAUUUUUGAGCCGAAAGUGGUUGUUUUUACCGCGCAUAAUACAAAUGUAUACAAAAUUGGCGAACUUCACAGGACUAUAUUUUCUUAAAUUUAACAACAUUUAGCAACCAAACUUUGCAGUUUUAUUCAUUCAAAGACGCUCUUUCUAGCUGUGGUGUUGGAUUUCGUUCUUCUUGGCUUGAUCAAAAUUUAGUCUAUAGCUGGAAUCACCCAUUUUACAGUAAAAAGUACUCUACUGGCAGCUGGGACGCCAGAAAAUGUACUGUAAAAACAGAGACUGUUUCUUAAACCGAAGUCUGUAUUUAUACCGAAAAAAGGCGGUAACAUAUUUCUUUUCAAACACGGUCUAUUGCACCAUAAUUUGCAGUUACAUGCUGUAAUUGUAAAAGAUUACGGUCAAACCAAGGCCGUACCUAGACGCGAUAAUUGGGGGGUGCAUAUUCAUAUAUUCGUGUUCUGCCCGACGGAUUUCUUUUGAAAGCGAUUGUUUUUACGGUAUGUGAACAUGAAUGUAUGAAUAUGCCCCCCCACCCCACCCCCCAAUUAUCGCGUCUAGUUACGGCCCUGGGUCAAACACAUGUCAAGUAACGGGUUUCUUUUCAAAUACAGUCAAUUUUAACGUAAUUUACAAUUACAAUACGAUUACAGUAUACAUACUUCAAUCACAGUAAAAAAUAACAGUGCAUUAUUUGGUAAAAAAUCCAGAUAUUUUUAACAGUGUUCCCACCUAGUUGAAGGUCUUGUAGAAAUUAUCGAGUGGAAAGUUUAUAAACAUUUAUUAGACCUAACCAGGAACAGCCGCGAAAAAUGCAACUACAGGUCCCUGGCUAAUGUAUAUAAAUUUCCGGCAUUCGAUAAUUUCCAUUUAUAAAAUAACAUGUAUAUAACGCGUGCUCUGAUUGGUCGAAACCCGUGUUUGGAUCAGGCCAUCCAAACACGGAAAUUUAAAGUGAAAGUUUUUUAAAGUGAAAUUUUAACACGGAAAGUUGUUAUUUUAUAAAACAAUUACUUUAUGGUUUCCGUGUUUGGAUGGCCUGAUCCAAACACUUGGGAAUGUUGCUCGAGUUAAGAAAAGCGCGCAAAAUCACACGCCUUCGGCUCGUUUUCGCGCGCUUUUCUUAACUCUCGCAACAUUCCCGCGUGUUUGGAUCAGGCCAUCCAAACACGGAAACCAUAAAAUAAUUGUAUAUUACAAGAUCCUUCAACAGUGUUAUUGAAUCGAGUGUGAUGCCAACAAAAUCUCGAUAUUUACCCAUAAACUAAACAUGGCAGUAUCAGCCUAUAUAUAUACAUGAACUUGUGCUUAGAGCCUUCAAUGGUUAGAGCUUGACAACUGGCUUCUGUAGCUCAGUUGGUUAGAGCGCAGCGCUGGAGAGCCGCAGGUUCGAUUCCUGCCAGGGACCUGUAGUUGCAUUUUUCGCAGUUGUUCCUGGUUAGGUCUAAUAAAUGUAUAUAAAUUUCCACUCAAUAAUUUCCAUCUACAAAACCCUCCAACUAUUAUUGAAUCGAGUGAGAUGCCAACAAAAUCUAGAUAUUUACCCUUCCCAACUACCAACCUCUCAACGAAGGGUCAUCGCUUGAAACAUCAAAGAUCAGGUAGUUGUAUCUAUCUCAGUACCGUAGGCUGUCGUAUAUAGAUUAUGUCCGUAAUGUCAAGACCGUAACUAGCUCUGGGGGUUUGCUUCCCCCCCCCCAAAAAAAAAAAUGUUGACUUAAGACAGUUUUCCACUUCAACCGUAUCGUUUUGCGAAGCGUACUUCUUUGUUUCCUGACCACUAAAGUGGAACUAUAACGACUUCGACACAAAAGAAAAUGCUACCGGGUAUGUCACGAUACGGUUGAAGUGGAAAACAGGUUGCAGAAACGCUACUCCCUGCAUUUUGAGAGCAGUUUCAACUCAUAAACAAUGUAAAUGACUAUAAUUUUAUAGUCAAUCCUGAGAAUCACAAAUAUUCCUGGUCGGACAUGAUGAGGUGCAUAAUUUUUAAGUGUCUGUGGAAUUGUGGUAAUAUUUGGGACGCUAUAACCCAUGGGUACACCCACGAAAGUUGAUGUUACAAGCAGCUGAAAAUAGAGCUUCGAGCCCUACAUCAGUAACAGAAAAAAAUGCCAUUCAUCUGAUUUCCUUCUUUGAACUUGAAGUCUUCGUGUUUUAAUUUUUUUCACAAAAAUUCUUACCCAGUCAACUGAGUUGAGUAGUUGACUCGUAGCCAGCUGGCCCGAAAAUGGCGGCAACUAGCUAUUUUGAGGAAAGUAAUGAAAAGGCGCAUUGCAUUGCGGUUGAUCAUGCCCCAAAAGCGCGCAUUGCAUUGUGGUUGAUCGUGCCCCCUUAAGAAGUACUAAGUCUAGUACUAAACACUAAUGCGCUAAACUGAUCAUGCUUUGUCUUUUUUCUUUCUGAAACAAAAGUGAUCAGUGUAUGGGACUCGUUUUAAUAAAUGUCUUUCAUGAUGAAUUUUUUUCUAUUAGGUCUCCUAAAAUGCAACCUGGCCAAUGUGAAAAUUAUUUUUCAUUUUACGUACGUUAUUUCCGUACGUCAGUAUAUGUAUAUAACGUUCGCCAUGUUUCCAAGAGUGGGCAAACACUAGGAAACAUUAGUGAGAAACAUAGCGAAACAUCAACGUUUCCGAAUUCGCUAAGAAACAUUGUUUCCACAACAAAGUUUCCUAGUUUGCCCAGGGCUUUACCUUACGAAUAAAAAUCAGGGCCUUUUUUAACCGCCAAAGCCCUCCAGCCAACCAUGAUGCCCUUCCCCACUCAAUCAUUUCGCCUCCCCCCCCCCCAAGUUUAAAGUUUAAAGCUUAUUAUUAUUAGUCAAAGUCUUUUUUCUCUAAAACAUAAGCAAAAUAUUGGAAGAAAAAUGGAAUUUAGAAGGGAUCUUUGAUAUUCUUGUAAAUCAUUGAAUUGUGUUGAAAAUACCUUAGAUUUCAAAAAUUUCCAAGUGGACAGCAUAUCUCAGACCCUAAAUAGAUUUGAGUUGUCUGAAGGCUAGACUAAGUUAUGUUAGUGACCGAGUUGGGGUAUUUACAUAAACAUAUCAUGCAAGUACUUAACUGAAGAUUCAGUCUAUCUGCAAUAUAAUGUAACGCUGUUGAUCCACAAAUCUGUUUCAGAAAACGCACCAAAUGCCGUCCUAGGGUUGGAAAAAUACAAACAUUUUCUGGGGGAGGAAUACCCCCAGACCCCCUACUAUUACAUACAACUUUUUGUCACCAACAACCAUGCAAUGGUCUCUUUUUGUAGAUCCCCCCCCCGGACGAACUCAUGAUGGUGUGUAUAUAUUGUUACCAUGGAUUUUUAUCACACCGAAAUGGCGGCGAAAUUAAAAUUCGGCAAAAUUUUAUUUAGUAAAUUUGAACACAAAGUUUGGUAAAAACCGCCAGAAAAUCAGGUCACCGUACAAUGCAACAAGUGAGUCCCAAACAAUGUCCGAAUAAAUUAUUAAUAAAAUAAUAAUAAAUGGCAUUUAUUAAUUCCAUCAACAUUAUCGUAAUAACAUAUUUUUAUGCCCGCCAUUUUGCUUUGAGAAUUAAGUUUAAAAGUCCUUUUCAAAUGACAUGUUUACUUGUACGUGCAACUCUGCAUUAAAUUUCAUAAAUUCUAUCGAUGUGAUCACGACACGCGAUGAGGAGUUUGACGGAUGGAAUUCAAUGAAAACCAAAUGCAAUGGAAAAAAUCUCCAAGUCCAACAGCUUGCAAUGGAACUUUUAUUAGGAAUUAAAAACGCAUUAAUAAUUCAUGAGGAAAAGACAAAGGAAAUUACUACCAUGUCGGUGGUUUUACAUGUGAUAAAAAUCAUGUUAAUUUACAUCAACUUUAGCUUUGAUUUUCUCACGACUUAAGCUGGAGUUACACGAUCGAGCAACAAAAUUUCUGCAACUUGCAACAAAAUCUGAUUUCAACGCAUGUUAAGUAGAAAUGUUGACACACAUUGCCUUGUGAUUUGUAAUUUAUGUGUAAACAUUUUCAAUUAACAUGCGUAGAAAUCAGAUUUUGUUGGAAGUUGCAGCAAUUUUGUUGCCCGUAUUACUCCACCUUUACACGACACUUAUUACUCCACCUUUACACAGCAACAAAAUUGCUGCAACUUGCAACAAAAUCUGAUUUCAAAGCAUGUUAAGUAGAAGUGUCGACACAUGUUAGAUAAGUCAAGACAAGACGAAAGGCUAUAUUCGUGAGACCCAGAAGAAUCACUGACACCGUUUAUUUCCAUGGUUAUUUUUUGUUUUCAUGCAGAGGCAAAUUAGAUUAAAUAUUAACGUUCCUGUUUAUAAAGAACUUUAUUUUAGAGGCAAUCGAGUCCGUUGUGUUGACGCAGGUAUUUUGCCAAAGAACUUGACAGGCAAUAACACCAGCCUUAGUCAAUUAAAAAAUGGACUUUUUAUGUACUGUAAAGUAGCAUUAGAAACGGUUACGACGUGGAUGAUCCAAGAACAUGGAAAUCAAUAUGUUUGUCCUGUAACAAGUCCCGUAAUCUGUCCUGUGAAGUAUCGUGUUGUUAUUAGUUUAAUGUGUUUGUGAUGUCGUAUCUUAUAUGUAUGGGCCGCUGUAAUUGGCGUAAGCUGUAGCGUGUUCCCUGCCAUUGUCCAUAUAUGUAUUUUCUGUGUUUUAAUGUUUAUUGGCAAAGUUAAAUAAAUAAAUAAAUAAAUAAAUAAAUAAAAUUUGUUUCAAACAAUAUAUACUUUAAUUAAAAUUCCAUGCAAUCUGUGGGCAUAAGACGCAUUGUUGGAAGCACUCACAACUGAUAGAGUGUUGGCACUCAUUCCGGCCCCCAUGCAGGCCGGCACACGGAAUGCAGAUGAAAAAUUCUAUUAUCUCCUUAUCUCUGUAUCUAUCUAUCUAGCUUUUAACUUAGUCAUAACUCCCGCUGGCAGACUUGACCAGAAAAAAUUUGACGUAUCUUAUAACUGCGUUGGUACUCACGCAAUUCAGUUAAACAUCGUCACUCUGUCGAAUUAUCUUGUCAGUUUCUGGCGUGCUGAAUAAAAAUGGAAAUUCUGUGAAGACUUGCUUCUUGCUCUUAAUCCUUGUGUCAGCUGUUUAUGGUAAUUUAGGCGAACCUGGACCAGGUAUAAAUUUUAGCUUUUAUGUUCCACAAACAAAAAAUAACAGUUUGUAGAAAAUAUUUAAUUUGAACCAUAGUUUAUCACAGGCAGCCCCGUCGUAAACUGUUUAGUGUUUAUGUUAUGUAAAUGAUUUUAAAACAGCCAAAUAGAUAAGCUUUACUUUGUAAUAGCGUAAAAUACAGUUAAAUAAACGAAUAAAAUGGCUAAAUGAUCAGUGAUAUUCAAUAUUGUCGAGAAAUAUUUCGUGACACGGCAUGCAUGUAGUAUAAUUCCCAACUUGUUUGAGACACUGGGCGAGGUUGUAUAAUUCCCUGCUUCAUCUGCUAACCCUCUUAUAUAAUAUAUAAGGUGUCAUGGAAUAUUUCCAGACCAGGUAAGAAAAUUUUUUUAUUUAUAACUGUGUUUAACAGAAUUUACAGACCUUCCUCUAACCGCGCCAAACGGCAAACUCAAAGUCACAUUACUGUUAGCUGUUCGAAGUUUAUAAGGCCGCAUUAAAAUUGAAGCAUGAAUUAGCUACAACUUUGCUGUCGAAAACUGUAGAACUUACCUUGAAAUGUGAUUUGAACGUAAACGUCAAUUUUAAAGUCGUUCCAUGUAAAAUAAUAAUUUAAUUAUACAUAAUUUAAAUCGCUGGCGGAGCCUUUACAAGACCCCUUUACAAUAAUUACAAAUCUGUUCACAAGCUGUCGACAAGUUGUGUUCGCACUGCUUGUUCCCCGCAGUUGUUGUAACAAGUUUGGAGCAAGCUGUUAACAACUUGUAACAAGCUUGAUGGCAUUAUCUGACUAGUUACAAGGUUGUUCUAGACUUCUAGCAAGUCUGAUACAGUCUUGAUAUAACAAGAAUGUUACAAGGUUGACGACACAUGCAAGGUUGUAACAAUAUUGUUAUAUCAUGACUGUAUUGGACUUGUUGGAACAACCUUGCAACAAGCCUGAUAAUAUCAACAAGAUUCAGUUACAACUGCUAACAAGUUGUUCCAUACUUGUUGACAACUUGGGACAAACAGUGCGACUUAACUAGUUAACUUGUUGGCGGCUUGUUGGCAGACUUGCUGAUGUGAGAUUUUUAUGUGUGUCAUAUUUUUCAUUUUUGUCAGUCAAGUCUGUUUCGCUCAUGUCUGGGAAAUGGGCAAUUAGUUUUUCUUAUUUAAUAAUUAGUUGAAGCUUUAUUUUGGAGCUAAAUGGUUGCGUGAUGUAUCAGUUGUGAGUGCCUCCAGCAAUGAUUGCAAUCAGAUUGGAAUUUUUGCAUAUUUCACACAGAUUGGAAUUUUAAUUCAAAUAUCUAUUGUUUGAAACAAAUCAUGCGAACAAAACACGGGCGUCAGCACAACGGACUUGAUUGCCUCUAAAAUAAAGCUCUUUAUAAACAGGAGUGUUAAUUCAAUUUGCCUCUGCAUGAAAACAAAAAAUAACCAUGGAAAUAUAAACAGUGAUUCUUCUGGGUCUCACGAAUGGCCUUUCGAAGCACAGAGUAAAUACCAUACAGAGUCUCACUUCUUAUUAAUUUCAGCGUAAGGGAUAUUUCCAGUCCGCCAUGUUCUUAGCAAGUGCCAUAAAGAGAGGCCGUCACCCCCUGAAAAGAUAUCGAAAUUUAAUGCUCCAGGGGAUGAAUGCUACUGUGAUAGAACAUUUAUCUACUGAUAUAACUGAUGCUACCUUCAGAUAAACUGCCUAUCUUUUUCUUGAAGCCAAAGCGUGUCUAGUCUCCCUCGCAGACGUUCUUAUAGCUCUAACCCUCGCUAACUAACGUCUGCUGAAACGAGCUGCACAUUCCAUUCCCUUUGUUUUAGGAGCCAAUCAUCUGGCAGUGUUCAAAAGAGAAAGAGCCAAUUGGAAGCCGCCUUAUUGAGGGUUUAGCUACUGGGGAAAGCCCUUGCACAUGGGAAUAUAUUGUUUGGGUUGAAAUUUGUUUACUUGCGUGGAGAUAUUUUGGAAACUAUAGCCUUGAACUUCACGAUGUUUAGGUAGAAUAAUAUUGUGAUCAUCUUCUCGCAUGUUCUGCAAACAACCGGCUAUAUAAAAUGCAAAAGUUAUGCAACAAGCGAAAUUUUAAAUUUUGUUAACAAUGACAAACAAGCAAUCGGGAAACUCGAGAACGAGUAGAUCAGGAUAUGUCCAAAUGUUGCUAUUAAAUUCUUCCGAUAUGCCAUGGCUUCGACGAAAAAUUCUAAAAGAUUAAGCUCUCGUUGCAUGUAGACUAAGUAUAGCGAAGUUACAUGUAUAAACGUUUCGAAGUUUGGGGGAACUGGAAAUUCAUAUCAACGCAAUUAAUUUAAAAGUUUCUCGGGUUUUAUUUGUGUUGUGUUUACAUUCAAAAGUCAGAAGUCGUUGCUCAAACAACAAAUUAGUUUACUUUGAAACUAAUAUUUCGCUUUCUAAGCCACAGUAUUAUAUCAAAUUUUCUGUCUUCUGAGUUCUGUUGUCUUAAAGAUAUAUAUCUGUCAAAAGUUCAAAUUUCAGCGAAAUAUAUUCUGCAUUUGAUGCUGUCGCCACUAGAUUAAUACAGUAUGCCCUCGAGUAUGCCAUCCUGUCCACGUUUUAAAUAUAACCGAACAUCUUUAAAGGUGAUCUACAGUCCGAUCUGCGCAUGUGCACAAAUGAGCCCACUUUUUAUGAUACAAACAGUUUAACUAUGUUUUGAGUUCUUGAAAAGCCUAAUUGUUGUUUCUUGAUCAUUUAUUAUACUCUAGAAGGUCCUAGAAGCUUGAAAAUAUAAAUAGUUGUCGAAUAAAGCUCAAUAUUUUGGACACAAAAAUGUAAACAAAGGCUUUGUUUACAUACGGACUGUAGAUCACCUUUAAUAUCCGAAUCUGAUAAUUAAUAGCGCAUUUUAUUUCCUGGACAAGUAUCAAUGUCUUUAAAUUCAAUUUAUGUGCAAUUUUGACCCAAAUUCAACCGACGACUGCUUUCAAAAUAUAAAAAUAUUUAUGUACUAUUUUAUAUUCCGCCCGUAAAUCACUUUCCGAAAUAUAGAAGGUUCACUGUGAUUGGUCGAUCGGAGGGAAUGGAAUGUGCAGCUCGUUUCAGCACAUUCUCGUACCCAGAGCCCUUCUUACGCGCGGUCAACGGAGCACGACGAGGGGCUCUGGCCAAAUCCAUAUCAAACUGGCUUCUGAUUGGCCACAACGAAAUAUAUGGUUUAUUGUAUAAAAUAUGAAUAAAAAUCAAGCGCUCCAUGAAGCGUUGGUUUCGUUUUGGAGAAAAUUGGGAGAAAAGACAUUAUUAAAGUUGAAAGAACAGCAGUACGAAGCAGUUAGGAAGAUUGUUGUUGAUAAUCGCCCACAAAAGCGGUAGAUGUCGCUAAUUUUAUUUAUUUAAAUCAAUUAGUUGAUUGAAAUUAAUAGGUUGAGACGUGAUGUUCUCAUAGCAAAAAGUCAGCAUAUUUAUGGCAGAUGCUCGUCGUAUUUCCAAAUCAGUGAUGUUAAUCAAACAAAUCUGUGUUACAUGUUCAAAGCUGAAGUGCCAUCUGAAGCGGAAAAUAUUAAAGCCAGCCAGAAUAUGAAGUUAACUGUGAUGACUAUUUUCUUCCUAGAAACCGAUUUUUUACAAUUUUCAACGGAUUUACAGUAUAGUAUGUCUUAUGUAUGACUGUUGACUUUUAAUAAAACACAAAAAAAGUCUAAAAAUCUGUACAACAGCGACUUAAAAUCGAAUAUAAAAUAGUGAGACAAUCUCUCGUCUUCGUAUCCGUAUCCAUUACUGCUUUGACAACGUUUAAGAGGGAAAUAUAUACUAAAUUUUAUCAACAUGCAUUGAGAACAUCACGUCUUACCUACUAAUUGAUUUAAAUAAAUAAAAUUAGCGAAACCUACCGCUUUUGUGGGAUUUUCCUGGAGUGAAACAUUCAAAACGAAACAAACAAGAAAACCGAAGUGUUUAUCCGCGUUUGACGUUGAGCAUGCGCAGUGUUUAACCGGAUACCAUGUUUUAUGGUAUCCGGUUAUGGAUUUGGCCAGAGCCCCUCGUCGUGCUCCGUUGACCGCGCGUAAGAAGGGCUCUGGGUACGAGAAUGGUUUCAGCAGACGUCAAUCUCGUCUGCGAUCCUUGGGAAGGAAACGAAGGCUCUGGGAUAAUCCAUCUCAGAAAUGAAUAUGAUUGGUUGCUGGUGUACAAUGGAAUGUUGCAAUUUUGCAAAAAUUAAUUUUUAACCGUAUAUUUUUAUAUACAACAUGGCGGCCGUUUAGGAGUGUACGAAUAUUGUUUUGGUUUUUCAGAGCUGUGCUAUAUUAGUAUACUACAGAGGAACUGCAAAGAAACGUAUAAUUAAUGCGUAUAAUAUCACAACAGUUAAAUGGAGCGUGAAAACUUUACUCAUAUUUGUGUUGUACAGGUUUUCUGUAGUUUUAAUCUAUACAUAGUAUACAGUACUGUCAGUGUUUUGACUAUAAUAUCAAGUAUGUGCUAUAUUUUGCAAAUACUAUUUGUGUCAGAAAUGGUUAAUAACUUUUAUUUAUUUGUCUUUGUGUUAUUUAAUUGCGAAGAACUAGCUAAUAACUAGUUUCAAUAAAUCCAAUCUUGGAAUUUACUGUUAUAUAUUUUAUUAUUUAAUGUAUAUACGGCAUGUACUGUAAACUUUUCAAGUGCAGGAGUAUGUAAUACUCAUUUUAACUUGUAGCAUGUAACCCUUCUCUAUAUGGGUGCAUAUGAAUCUUUUGCUGUUAUAAUUUAUUUAUAGAAGAGUUCAAAAACGCUUUAUUCUCUAAAUAAACCACAAUUUCACAGGCAGUGAUUGAGUGAUAUUAACUUGUAUUCCAGUCUGCAUACACCUAUUAAAUACAUAUGAAUUCUUGGGUUUCACUAUGGCAAUUUGCACAUUCUGUCAUUGGUUCUGACGGGGGAUCAACCUAAAAAUAAAUGUAUUGAUGCUUAUGUUGUACUGGAGUGAGCAAAUGAUAUGAAAUUGCAUGUAUUUGCUACCAAACACAAGGCCAACACACGCAGUGAAUUUAUUAUUAUUAUUAGUGAAAUUAAUUCACUCUGAUGACUGUGUCUCGAUUUAGAGUUGACUACCCAUCAAAUUUAUGACGUCAUAUGAAACACAAUAAUAUACAGUAUAAUAUUACUGACAGCUAAUUGUAGCAUAAAGUAUUUAAUGAUUUUAAUUUAUUGAGUAGCACAAUAUGCCAAAUUGGCAAUCCCUUUGUUAAUCUUGGCCACACAGUAAUUCAAAGAAGCCCUGCCCUCUGUACGAGGUUGUAUUAAUUGGAUUCUGUCCAAGAAAACGUCACAAACCUUUUGAUCCAGAUGUUACAAAGUAUGAAUUCCAGAUUGGGAGACCAUAUAAAUAUUUUUAAUAAAUUCAUAUACUUUUUUUAAGAAAUGUUCUAUUCAUAUUAAAUGAUAGUGAUCAGCCACCAAUACCAGAAUUCAUUUUCAUCAGCUUCCCCCUGGUUAUGACCCCCUGCAGGGAACCACCUAGGGUGCAGGUAUAAUUUUGUGAUGAAUGAUAAAAAAUUGCCCAAUAUAAAUGCCAAGCCACAGAAAUAUUUUUAUUACCAUGGUCAUGACAACUACCCUGUCAGUUUGAUUGCAAUGUCGAAACUUGUUAUUACACUGGCCUGUAAGGCCAAGUGUCUUAAAUCCCCCUUUUUCUGUUUUUUUCGUAGUCGAGAAAUCGAGUUUGCGUCAAUAAUAGCAGUCAAUAAUUUCAUGUAAUUUAAAUGAUUAUCGGAUAAUGUUGAGCAUCAAGAAUAUAUGUAUAAUAUCCUUCAUACAUUUAUAAUAAUAUUCAGGCUAAAUAUCAUAGUUAUUAUUUUACGUACUAUAGUUUUAUCAGGUAUAAAGAUACGAGGUGAAGCCAAGUAUCUUUAGGUCUGAUAAAGCAUACACUGCGAAUGUUUUAAAUUGCUCAACUGAUGGUCACCAACAACAAAUAGUACUUUAUUACAAGGCGGCAAAAUGUAUUUAAAUUAAAAGCAAAAUAUUGAUUAUUGAUUUGCCUACUGAGGCACACAGUAUUGAACAGUCAAUUGUGGUGAGUGAUGCUGAACUGCCUGUUGUAUGUUGUGAGUGAUUUUGAGCGCCUGUUGUGACGAGUGACACUGAAUUGCCCCAAUUGUGGCUCAGGAAAAAAUGUACCUGCUGACUUGUCAAAUAAUCUCCUUAAAUAAUGUUCUGGGAAGUAAUUUGUGUAAUUGAUUACAAACAAAAAACAAGGGCUUGUUAACAGUAUAAUGAGGAAAUUAAUUCCCUCUCAUUAUAUUAUUCAGCCUUGAUAAAGCAUAUGGAGGCUUUCUGUCUGAUUUGACCCUCAUGCAUGUAAUUGUUUGGGAAUGCCUGAUCAUUAAGAUCACAACAUUUGUUUUGAAGCUUGGCCUUUGAAAUCUAAACCCAAAGCACUAUAUGUGUGUUCACAAUGUUCUUGGGAUAAGAAUAAAAAUAAAAUAAAAUAUUUCAACUCAAUUAAAUUCAGGAAAUGUUAAUUAACCAUGGAGGUCAACCAGGUUUUACUCAGGGCAUAUGGCUAACAUAAGCAUUUAAAUUCCAAGUCCUUUGGGUCUUGUACUCCCUUUAACUGUUAAAUAUACUGUAUGAUAUUGACAUUUGCAAGAAAGAUCUAUUGUAGCAACAAUAACUAUUAAAUGUUUUGAUGAUCAUGGAUAUGGUGUAUUGAGAGUCCAUAUUAUUAAAUUAAAUUAAAGUGAUUUUACAUAUCUGUUUCACAAUCAAGGCAGCAAUUUCCUUGCGACAGUAUUAAAUUCAUAGUAUAAAUACUUCUAUCGAUCCAUUCGUUUUGCACUGUUGCUUUGUACAUUUAAUAGAUCUCCUUUAAGGUCCAGUUACACGUGCGAUUUUUUUCUCGCGCCGGCAACGCAACUGGUUAAAUUUCAUUGCGUUACUCGCGCGAGUGAUGAAAUUGCCCGUGUAACAUAUCUGGCGCGGUAACGCAAUUGCAACCCAAUAUUCUCGGCAAUCGUUGCGGAAAGUUGAAAUGCUUGAACUUUCGGCAACGAUUGCCGAAAAUAUCGAAUUACCCAGGCAUUGUUUGAGCAGGAAACGCAUGGGCAAUGAAAUUCGCUUCUGUACGGACAGCGUGCUGUAGCGCUGCCAAAUAUCGAAGCGAUUAUUGUGUCUUUCUUGUAAAGCGUUUCAGAUAGAUUAUCAACUAUCUUUUGAAAUGAUCAAAAUCCAUUCGCACAAAUUUUUCAAAUCCUGGUGUGUCGUGGGCAGCCAGAUCGAUUUGCCCUCGAUUUGCCCGCGCCCGCCUGUGCCUUUCUUAUAGGAAAUUGCUAGAUAGUAUACUUCAAAAUAAGGAUUCUGUUUUUAUAUCAAUUUUUUAAAUAGGGUUGGGGUUAGGGUUAAGUUUAAUAUUAGGGUUAGAGUUUAGUUUUGCGUUAGGAUGGUUUUUUCUACGUUAUAAAAACGGAAAUCGUAUUUUGAAGUAUACUAUCUAGCAAUUACCCUUCCUUAUAACGAGGGAAGGAAGGAAACAUUGAGACCAAAAUAGCCCAGACUUGGCAUAUGUCACACGAAACUAUCCUCGAUUUUUCGCCUUUAAUGCAUUUCUUUCACGAUUAAUCGAUAUCCCCUGCAAGAAUGAUACCGUAUAACUCUCAAAACAACGAUGCUUUAAUCAAAGAGCUUAAAUUCGCUCUGAAAUCCAUGAGGGAAUAACAAAAUUCGGCCAAAAUAUAUCCGCGUGCCGGUGUCCCAGGAUUUUCGCCCCCCCUACACUUUCGCCCCCCGGGGGGCGAAAUUCCUAGGAAUAUCGCCCCCCCCCAGGGGGGCGAAAAUCCUAGGAAUUUCGCCCCCCUUUAGGAAAUUCGCCCCCCUUUAGGAAAUUCGCCCCCCUAGGAUUUUCGUCCUCCGUUCAAUAUUUCGCCCUUCCUAACAGUUGCAUGGGAUAAUUAUUACAUGGCUUUAAUCAUUUGAAAUCAAUAUCAAUUCAAAAUUGUUAAGACAGAGCUUGAAAUAACAACCGAUCACCGAUCGGCAAGGAAUUGCUUUAAUAUGAUCGGCGGAAAAGCAGGGUUUCGGUUUCCAACCUGAAAAAAGCAGGGAAAGUCAUGACUGCCGAUCACCAUGAUCGUGAACUUUGGGAACGUUUAUUAUUUCAAGCCCUGCAUGUAAGAAUACAAAUUUACAAUUACAUGUAUCGAAAGGGCUUACACAGUUACAGUAGAUCAAUAGGACUUAUGACGCUUCACAGCACACCAUGCAUAUUUUGCAUUUCAGUGUUAAUCCUUAAACUCAUUGUUAAAAAGUAAUCACCGUGGUGGUUAUUGUAAUUAUUGGUAUUGUUUUGCAUCCACGUUUUGUCGUUAUUGGAAAAUGUGUGGCUUAUAAGUUGUCACUAUUUUUUACUUGCAUUAUUUCAAUAUAGUUUGUAAAUCUCAGAAGCGAAGGGUAAAACUUGCCAAUAGGCAAUACUCCAAUAAUAUACGUUUCAAAAAAGACGAAUAAGCUUUUAGUUUUGCAGAGUUACAUUCUCAAAUGUUUAAGGCACUAAUAAAGUCAAAGUAUCAUGAAAUUAUUUGAAUAAACCACACCACAUAUAUAAUGCAAUUUUCUUUGCGGAAGUCAAGAAUCAAGAUUACAUCACUAUUAAAUUAAACACUGACAUGGAAAGACUGGAAAGUUGAUGAUUCAACGGACAAUAGUCAAUACGCUUCCCAACACAUUCCAUAGAUUUUUUAUUAAUCCUAUAGUUUAUUGUUAGCAAGUGAUUAGUCACUGAUUACUGUGGCGGCUAUUGUUAACACUGGUAUUGAUAAAAUUUGCAAGCGAUUGUUUUUAUAAUAUGUUAUGUGAAUGUAAACUGUCAGAAGAAUACGACAACAUGAUUUUAUCAUAGAUAUCUUAUAUGAUUUUAUGCGAUCUCUGUGGGCAAUGGUUCCACUUUAAAUGUGUAGAAUAUGACACUAGUCUAAGUACCUCAAAUGAGUGGUUAUGCAGACUGCAGUGUGCACACUACCAGCUGCUAAGAAGCCUAAAAUGUGUAUGUAAUUUUGUCUCUUUGUAAUAAAUAAAUAAAUAAAUAAAUCACACAAUAAACCUUUUCAACUUGCAAUCGUUUUGUUUUUAGAUCAAAAAUUCAAAAUUUAUAUGGGGGGGCGAAAUUCCUAAAGGGGGGCGAUAUUCCUAGGAGAUUUGCCCCCCUGGGGGGCGAUAUUCCUAGGAGAUUCGCCCCGGGGGGCGAAUAUCCUAGGAAUAUCGCCCCCCUUUUGAGAGGGGGGGCGAAUCUCCUGGGGGGGGCGAAUCUCCUGUGACACCGGGUUUGCUGGACAAAAAGCGGAAGUCGUUGAACAACUCAAAAUACACUCAACCCUGAUUGGACAACGAAAAUCAACAAACAUUUCAAAUUUUUCUCCACUGGGAGGGGGGAUAGUACUUGGAACAGUACUGUAAUAAUUUGAUUAUUUGAAUCAAAACAAUUCACAAACGUUAUAAAGUCUCCUACAAGUCGAUUAUAUGUGUUACUGUAAAUAUAACUGUAAAUAUAACUAUAAUUUACGCUGAAACAUCUUGUCAAAUAGGGUAAAUUACUAUCCGUAUUUACUGACUAAACUUCUUAAAUUUAAAUAAUUAGAUUUGCACUGGUUUUCCCCCGACAACAUUUGUUAAUUGUUUUGAUUCAAAUUUAUAUUACGUUACAUUACUGACUACUGAAAAUUUGAAAUGUUUGUUGAUUUUCGUUGCCCAAUCAGGGUUGAGUGUAUUUUGAGUUGUUCAACGACUUCCGCUUUUUGUCCAGCAAACCCGGCACGCGGAUAUAUUUUGGCCGAAUUUUGUUAUUCCCUCACGGAUUUCAGAGCGAAUUUAAGCUCUUUGAUUAAAGCAUCGUUAGUUUGAGAGUUAUACGGUAUCAUUCUUGCAGGGGAUAUCGAUUAAUCGUGAAAGAAAUGCAUUAAAGGCGAAAAAUCGAGGAUAGUUUCGUGUGACAUAUGCCAAGUCUGGGCUAUUUUGGUCUCAAUGUUUCCUUCCUUCCCUCGUUAUGAGGAAGGCACAGGCGGGCGCGGGAAAAUCGAGCCUGGGCCUCCUGUGCCUUUACCAGGGCCUUUGCUGCCCUUCGCCUCCUUCCUCAAAAGGCCCUGGGGACGAGGUUGUAGUUAGCGAGGGUCAGAGCUAUAAGAACGGCAAUUGCUAGAUAGUAUACUUCAAAAUAAGAUUUCCAUUUUUAUAUCAAUUUUUAAAAUAAGUUAGGGUUAGGUUAGGGUUAGGUUGGGGUUAGGGUGAGUAUUAGGGUUAGGGAUUAGUGUUGCGUUAGGAUAGUUUUUUCUACGUUAUAAAAACGGAAACCUUAUUUUGAAGUAUACUAUCUAGCGAUCACCCUAUAAGAACGUCUGCGAGGGAGACUAAAGCGUGUCUGGAGGUCAGAUCACGCGUGUUUAUGUCAUGAUUGACAGAUUGAGUGCUCUACUCAUGCGUGAAAAGACUGGGACUGGCCUUCACGUUUGGCUUCAAAUUUCCGGUUGGAAGUAGCGUUCCAGUUCUAUUCAGUUCAAUGUUGCUGGCUCUCAAAUUGGAAUAAUUCAUGUAAGCCAAUAAUAUUGGAUCAAAAUUCAAGAUGGCGGACGCUUUUUACGCCAAUUCCGUAUAUCUCUUAAAAACAAGGGUACUCUAAAUUGUACAUGCAACCCAACAAUCAUCUACGAGAAAAACAAUCGUUUGCAUAACUACAAUAAGGCCAAAUAAAAAAAAUACUUGGUUAGCGUCUCACUCUCACAAGUUUUCAGAGGCGGGCGGGCGCUUUUUUAAAAUUUUUACUCGUUUUUUAAAUUUUUAAUAAUAUUUUUGGGAGGAUGGGGGCGGUUUUUCCACCAUAUCGGUGAUAUUUUUUGUACUGAUGUUGCGAAGGCCGCCAUUUUGCUAUAAUAAGCUUCUUGUAUACCCAAGCCCACGCGCUCCUAUCGAUCAGUUUAUAGCGCGAAGGUUUGAACAUGAGAAAAAAUUCAAAUAUUAAGCUGUUUUAAGCUGUAAAACGAAGAGAUUUACAUUUAAUUAAAAAAAAAUUCAGAGGCGGCAGAAAUCGAGAGGCGGGCGGUGACGCUAAACAAGUUUCUUUUUUAUUUGGCCUAAGUCGACAAAAAACAUGCCGAAACGAGACAAACGUCGCCAAAAAUGCAAUUUUAAGAGUGAACACAACAGAGUGGCAGAAUUUUAUGCUUUACUUCCACUUUCUAUGAAUUCCUUAGAUUCUGGAAAACAAUUCCUUAAUUUAAGUUUUGUAAAAUUUCCUUAAUGUCUAUAGGGUAGAUUUUCUGAAUUUUUUUGAAAUUAUUAAUUUAUAAAAAACUCAUUUGAUGGAUUUUGAUUCCCUAAAAUAACUUCAUAUAAAAACAUAAACAGCAGCAACCUUAAUCUCAAUCAACGAUUAAAUUUUUCAGAUCACCACCUAUAUGCUAUCAAAUUUUAAAAAAGUUCUUUCGAUUUUUACUGCCCUAUAGACACUUCCCGAAUUUGCUUGAGUGCACACGAAACAAUAGCUUGGAAUCGAGGCGGACAAUGUAAUCCAUUGGAAAUAAGUAUAGUUUUCCAAUGGAUUACAUUGUCCGCCUCGAUUCCAAGCUAUUGUUUCGUGUGCACUCAAGCAAAUUCGGGAAGUGUCUAUUGGCACUGCUUUUAAAUAUGUUAAAUUUUUCCGCAUUAAAUGGAUUCUAAAUUAUAUUUUGUCUAUACCACUGGUCUAUAUAGAUUGAUCUGAUGCGUUGUUCUUCUUUAAGGGAUAGGCUACCAAUAUUCAAUGAUUGUGUCGAAGUUCACCAGAAAACGUGCAAGUGAGUACAUUAAUUUUGAACUAUCAAUAUUUUCAUUCAAAUCGUGUCCAAAAAGUGACGCCAAGAUGGCGAAAAUUGAAAAAGAGCUAUUGGACAUCAGUUCCAGUCACUUUCUAUUCUUUUUGUCGGCGCGGUUAACACGAAGCUGGCAAGGAGUGUGUCAAAAUUUUGUAUUUUGACAUCGAUUUAAAGAAUAACACUAUG